AUCAGCCGGCGCCGCGCCGCGCCGCCCCGGGUUACUCCGCCCCGCCCGCGCGGCGGUGGGUGCCCUGUCACAGCCAGCGAUGGCCGCGGCUCCGGCCCGUGGUUUGUAAAUUGGCAACUAAAGCUCCCGACGCGGCUCUGGUCCUGAUGGCGGCGGCGGCGGCGGCGGCGGCCCUGGCAGCCGCGGACCCCCCUCCCGCGAUGCCGCAGGCGGCAGGAGCCGGAGGAUCCGCUACCCGCCGAGACUUCUAUUGGCUGCGCUCCUUCCUGGCCGGAGGUAUUGCCGGAUGCUGUGCAAAAACAACAGUUGCUCCCUUGGAUCGAGUAAAGGUUUUAUUACAAGCUCACAAUCAUCAUUAUAAACAUUUAGGAGUAUUUUCUACCUUGCGUGCUGUUCCGCAAAAGGAGGGGUACCUCGGAUUGUAUAAAGGGAAUGGUGCAAUGAUGAUUCGAAUCUUUCCCUAUGGUGCAAUCCAGUUUAUGGCGUUUGAGCAUUAUAAAAUGUUCAUUACUACAAAGCUGGGAAUUUCUGGUCAUGUGCACAGAUUAAUGGCUGGAUCCAUGGCAGGUAUGACAGCAGUUAUCUGUACUUACCCUCUUGACAUGGUUAGAGUACGCCUAGCAUUCCAGGUGAAAGGGGAACACACUUAUACAGGAAUUAUUCAUGCAUUCAAAACAAUUUAUGCAAAGGAAGGUGGUUUCCUUGGAUUUUAUAGAGGCCUGAUGCCAACUAUAUUAGGAAUGGCUCCAUAUGCAGGUGUUUCAUUUUUUACUUUUGGUACCUUAAAGAGUGUUGGGCUUUCCCAUGCUCCUACCCUUCUUGGCAGACCUUCAUCAGACAAUCCUAAUGUCUUAGUUUUGAAAACUCACAUAAACUUACUUUGUGGUGGUGUUGCUGGAGCAAUAGCACAGACAAUAUCCUAUCCAUUUGAUGUAACUCGCCGGCGAAUGCAAUUAGGAACUGUUCUUCCAGAAUUUGAAAAGUGCCUUACUAUGCGGGAGACUUUGAAGUAUGUCUAUGGACACCAUGGAAUUCGAAAAGGAUUAUAUCGUGGUUUAUCUCUGAAUUACAUUCGCUGCAUUCCCUCUCAAGCAGUAGCUUUUACAACGUAUGAACUUAUGAAGCAGUUUUUUCACCUCAACUGAAAAAAAAAUUUUUUGAUUUCCUUAAUAAAUUCUCAGAGGGAGAAGUAAAAUAUUACUUUAAUUUUGGGGAGCACAUUACUUGAAUGGAGAUAUUUACUCUGUCACAGAAACCACUGGUAUUUUAGUACUUAAUUUUUUUAUUCAUCACAAGUCAAAAGUGCUUACUAUACUUUUUGAUGCCUAAAGUUAUACCGUAGAACACUGAAAAUAAAUUCCUAAACUGAUGCUGGCUAAUCAGUUAGGUUAUUUGAAACCAUUUUAAAGUGUCAUUUGGAAGUAGAACUAACUUAAAUGGAAUUCAGGAGGUUGUCGUUAGCUUUAUCAUGCUGGUCCAAGCUUUUAAUUGUAAUCAUGAUUUCCAAAGACUCUAAUAUUGGUUAUUAUUAUUAUUUUUAUAAACAGUCUUGGUUGUACUGCAGCAGAAUGAUGAGAAGUGAAUUUUUAAAUUGUAUAAACCAUAGCUUAGAAGCCAGCAUGGAGGUAUUCUUAUUAUUUUCUCUUCUCAUAAUUCUGCUCCACUGGAUAAAAGGACAAACACGUUUUCUCUUCAUUUUUUUAGAAAUAAAUGUUGUAUUUAAAAAGUAGUCAUGUAGAAACUCAACCGUAAAUGAAGAAUUUUCAGGUAUUGCUUAAAUGUUAUUAUCAAGUACUACAACUGAUUUAAAUAUUUUAAAAAGUCAAUGUAUUUUCCAAAGGUAGUGAUAAUAAAUACUAUCUUUGCUCCCAAAACAAAUUAGCAUUAUAGAUUUUGUUUUGUUAAAUGAUUUGAUGUAUACUAGAAAAGUUAUUACAUGGACUGUGAAAUAUCUAUUAAUAUAGAUGUGAAUGUCAAAGAAUGUUUCUAAGGUCAUGAUACAUCAACUAGUUCUUCCAUGUAAAAUAAUUUUAGUGCAAUAUAAACUUAAGUAGAAAUGUAAAAAUUAUUUGAAUUGCUAUCCUUUAUAUUAAAAUGGUCUAAAAUGUAAGAAUUCGAGUUGCUGUGUUUAGAGUACUUUUUAUGUUUUAUUAUAAGCAUGACAGAAAUUGGAGGGGAACAAUUAGUUUUGUCCUCAGAAAUAGCAAUUUGUAGAUUUGAUGUGAUUUUUAAGAUAUUAUAAAACCAACUUGAAAGUGUUUUUUUCUGCUUCAAUUUUUAUUUUUUUCGUCUAAAAGAUUUCUCAUCAUACCUUGGUAAAACAUUAGAUGAACUGGUUUCAUUUUCAAAGUCUUUAUUUUAAAAUAAAUAUGUAUCUUUGUAUGGUUUAUAAGUGUACUUGCAGGUAGAAAUACAUGUGUUCCUAAAACUAUUUUGUAUAUUUUCGUUUCCCGAUUACACUGUAACUAAAUAUUGUUAUCAAAUCUCAAGAUAAUUUAAAUGUAUAAAAUAAGUAUCUCACUUAUGUUACCAAUAAA